GAACUUCCGGUUAUUUGUUUGCAUUUUGCAGCAUUUUUGCUGAUCCACAGAUGGCAGCUGCUGCAUUUCAUGUCAACGUUGUAGAUGCGGCAGCUGCAUUCGAACAGCAGCAGCAACAGCAACAACAGCAUCUGCACCAGCCGAUGAACAACUUGCCGUCGCCAGGGACACCCUCCAAGGCCAUUCCACCAGAGGGACUCAGUUGCUAUGGAGAUGAACGGCAGAUGCUACAAGAUCAGGCAAAGUUCUACAAUAGUCCAACCCUCAGUGAUGUAACUUUGCUGGUCGGAGAUCAGACAUUCUAUGCCCAUAAACUUCUCCUGAUACGAUCCAGUGAUGUCUUUGAGCGAAUGUUCAGUUCUGAAUGGGCAGAUCCAGAGAAAAAGGAAUUUGAACUCAAUGAAGAAUCUAUGUGCGUGGAGAUCUUCCCAUGUUUCCUGAAGUUCCUCUACUCUUGUCAUGUCUCUCUUCAUCUAGAGAACACACUGCCGCUACUGGUCCUUGCAGACAAAUACAACAUCAGCGAACUGCAAAAGGUCUGCAUAGACUUUGCUUGUACACAUAUUAUCACUAAACUUCAACUGAAAGAUGUCUUUCAUGUGUGGUUCCAGUAUGCGACCAAAUGUUACCAUGGUGGUUUAAUCUCAGCUUGCGUCACUGCACUGUCUCAAAAAAUGGAUGAAAUCACCUUAUCAGCUGAAUGGGAACAGGAAUGGAUCCACCUUGAGCGGGAUCAACUCGUCGAAUUCUUGAAAAGUUCAAAUCUCGUCAUCAAGGAUGAAUACGAAAUCUGGGUUGGUGUCCUCAAGUGGCUGCAGUCGUCCACCCACCCGGAGCGAAUGGUCAAAAUGGAAACGCACCUCAAGAUGAUCUUACCACAUAUCCGCUUUCCGAUGAUGUUGCCAGACCAGUUAUGCGAGGUCGAGAAGUGUCGCCUUAUCGAACAGUACCCGUUUCUCUUUCACCCUUACUUGAUCCAGGCUUACAAAUACCACUCUCUCUCCUUGCAUAGCAGAGGCACCAACAAAUUCACUACCUCUCAUUUUCUGCUCAGAAAUUACACAGAUCUGCGCUGGGAUAAACGAUUGGUCUUGAAUAACUUUUCAGCUAUUCAAAAAUUUUCUGAAGUGUGCUUGCGAUUCAGUACACGGGCAUCAACUUUCCCUCCCCAGACAUGGGAGUGGGAGCUGAAAUGCCACCCCAAAGGUUUUUCUGCCACCAGUGAAGAUCAUCGAUGUGUUCUUUGCUCAAAUCUCAUUCUGGACCAGCCCAGACCUGUGGAAUUUCUCUUGUCAAUUGUCGAUAAUGAACAUGUCAUCUGUACUGUCACUGGUAAGAAGAAUUUCUCCAAAAAUCGCUAUAAUGCAGACACAGAAAUAGAUAAGAAGGUUUCUGUCUCAGAUCUUUGUGCUCCCGACUCUCCAUUCCUGGUCAAUGACUGUCUCAUUAUGCAAAUCACGCUCAAACCAGUUGAAUGAUUCCUGGUCAGUCAAAUGUAGAGGUGAAGUCAAUAGGUUCAAGUAGGGCUUGAUGAUGGGGCUUGGUGUAACUGUAAGUGUCAGAAGUUAGUCUUGAUGUGAAUCGUUAAAUGUACUACUAUAUCAUAAAGUAACCAGUAAGAGCAUUCCUGAUUGUCUCAUCAGGUACUUUGGACAUUCAAGCAUUAUGAUUCCACUUUGUUUAGUCAGUAUUUGGCUUAUCACGGCAUGUGUGAUGUGCUAUUUUAGCAUUGUGCUUAUAUUUGUUGUUUCCAUAUUAUUGUUAAGUGUCUGUUAUAAAGGUUGAGCAUUAUAUUUAUUGAUACCUCGGGUCCAAAGAGUAUUAGAGAAGGUUCUUUUUAGAAUCAGCUGAGUGACCAGUUUUAACUUGGUAGAGGCAUUCCAGACAAUUGUAUGUACAUGUACCAGAGGGAGAUGUUAAAAAGUUCUUGAGGCAAAUUUUUAGUUUUUUGCAGCGGUCUCAAAUUCCUUGUUUCACACGUCCCUUUAUAUGGAGGACAAAACCAUUAUCCAUUGGAAAUCUGAUAGAAUUCAUGUAUGAGCCGCCAGAAAAUAGACAAUAGACUUGCUGAAAUACUUAGUUGGCUGUCGAAAUUGAGUGGCAAAAGAAACUGAUCUGGAGUGCCAUUCUACCCUUUGGCCCCUUACUUUCGCAGUUCUGGCAAGUCUACAUUCCAGGUGCCUGCAACUGGUGUAUUACGUGUUAUUUGAAUUGCUACACUGUUUGUAAAGGAAGAAAGUACCAAUGAAGUUGUGAUGGCUGUCAGAAAUGUAUAACUUCUUGUUUCUCCGGUGAACUGGAUAUUUUGUAUAAAUAUCACAGGACUUAAUCUUGUACCGUGUGUGUGUGUAGAUGUGCCAUUGCUUUUGCAUCUCUCAGCUGGAACUCCUGCCAAUUCCACAAUUUUAAAUCGAUAAUUUUGGGACAAUCUCCAAGUUCAUUGAUACAAUCGAAGAUUGGGUGCUAAUACGUUGCUACUUGGGCUCCAGGGCUUGUGUAUGGAUUAAUGGUUAUAAAUGUAGCUUUUGCAAAGGUUGUGCAACAAUCUUGGAGAUGUUAACUCAAAGGGUUCAUUGUUCUAAGGGUAAAUUAUUAUUUUGUUUACAAUAGCAAGAAUAAAUUAGACUGGCCUAUAUGUUUGAAAAAAGUUCACCAAAUACUGUACUACUGUGUAAGAGCCAUCCCUUCAGAUUGACCAUAGUGCGGUGUUCAGUGGAACCUCCUUUAGUGGACACCCUCUCUCUUUUAAAAGAACACUGGUUUUUUGUCCAUACUUGUAUUAUGCUAUUUUCUCAUCAAUUCAUUUAACCUUUGAAAUGAUAUCAUCUCUCUAUUUUAAAGACAGUAUUCGUCAGUCCCCCAGGUAUCUUUGAUACAGAGACAGCUGAAUUUUGUGGUAAUUUUGCCCACUUUUAACUUGCGAAAUGUGCCCCUGUGUUCUGAAAGUGCUAUUUCCCCACACUAUAGUAAUUUGAUGGAUCCUUUUCAAGAUUUGUCUCAAGUGUAAUUUAAAACUGCUGUGAUAUAAACAUUGUCUCCAAUUGUAAUAGAGGAAGAUGCUUCUGUGCAAUAAAACAUGUCAUCUCUCAUGAGCA